AUGUCCAGAAGCAGGGUCGAUUUUGACGAGCGGGAUUACAUGCCGCGCCGUUCUCAGCAUCAUGAGGAGGUCGACAUCCGCGUACGCGAGCGUUCGCGCGAGCGCGUGAACGACCGUGUGCCUGCGUUUAUGCGAGAGGAUAACAGGCGGCCCGAGCCGGGCCAGCUAGUCCUCCGCCAACGGGAGGUUGAGACUAUCGAGCGGCCUCGUGCGCCGAGGUCGCCCAGCCCGACCCGCGUCACCCAGCGUAUCAUCCAGCGGACCAGGAGCAUCAGCCCGCCGAGGAGGGAUGAAGAGGAGAUUUCUUUCCGUCGUGUUGUCCGUGAGCCCAGCCGCGGCCCCGUCGAACGGGUCCGCUACCACCGCCCGCGCUCGCCCUCGCCUGAAUCCGAGGUUCGGGAGCGCAUCCGGGUGACCCAGCGUGAGCCGAGCCCUGCUCCUGCUCCGCGCCCGCCAACUCCCAAGGUCAUCAAGGGCCCAACGAUCGAGAGAGAAGUCAUUACUCAUUACCGCGAUAUUGACCACGGCGUCGUGCAAGCCCGCCCUCCAUCCCCUCCUCCCACCCGUCAUCGCGACUCAGAGACGGAGAUCGACGUGUACACCCGGCGUGGCGAGACGGAGGUUGACAUCAUCCGGCGUAAUGCUGCCCGCGGUCGCUCCGUUUCCCGCGAGAGGCCUUCGCGUCGCCCGCCUACCUGGGAAGAUGACUUGCGCCUCCAGGCCGAUAGCAAGCACCUACAUGUAGACAUCGAACGCCGAAGGAGCGUCUCAAGGGCUCGUCGCGCCCACUCCGCUGCACCCCCGGCUCGAGAAUUCGACGAGGAAGCUUACGAGAUUACCAACAAGAUCAACUCGCGUGGCAAGAUGGGCGAAGCCUGGAACGGCAUCACCAAGGAUUGGUCCAUCGUUGACGUACCGCCCGGCACCGAGCGAGUGCGCAUGGAUGGUGCCGGUGGUGCUUCCGCCGAGGUGGACUGGACAAAGUACAGCGGCGUGCGCCGUACCAAGUUCAUUCCCGAGCGCGAGGAGAGAGGGUCGGCCGUGUCGUCUACCACGAGCUUCACAGAGCUCCGCGCGCCCGAGCAUAAUCGUGAGCGCCGUCUGAGUGUGCAGAUUGUCGACAAAGACCGCGACGUUGAGAUCGAGAAGGUGACGGAUCGUCGGAUCACCCUCCGCGGCUCAUCGCCACCACGCAGGGAUCCCGAGACCUGGACCGAGAUUACCAAGGACCUGGUUAUCCGCGAAGCCAUUGAGGAGCUCGGGUACCAGUUUGAAGAGACAGAGUACUUCUUCUACAUUGUCGAAUAUCUCGCCUACAAAGACGUUCUCCGCCUUGUACAACUGUCCGACCGCAUUCGCGCGGCCCGCAAGGAACGCGCGCGUGAGAUCGCCAUCGAGCGCGAGUGGCGUGAGGAAUAUACGCACCGCAACCACCACCACCACCGCCAGAGCAAAUAUGACAUCGAAUUCGAGGAUGACCGCGUCGUGGAGCGCGAGGUUACCUUUGAGACCCGGCACCCUGGGAGGCAUCAUCGCCAUUAA